GAAGGAGUCGGGACAACCUCUGGACCAGUCGAGCGCCACAGCGAUGCCUUCCAACAAAUACUCGGCCGCCAUCAUGGAGGAGAGCAACAACAUGACGGCCACGGCGGCGGUGAACGGAGACACGCCUCCAGCUGAGGGCCUAUCAGAGAACGACAGCGGCGUGGAGCUGACCAAUGAGAACAGCCCUCUGACCGCCGCCGAGCCGCCGUCCCCCUUCAGCCCCAAACAGAACGGAGACGCUGCCUCACCCCAAGACGGUAAUCAGUGUUCGAGUGGAAGCAGGAAGAGGAGCAAGAAGAGGCCGCAGGAGGAGGACGGUAGCUGGGACUCCUGCAGCGAGGAAAAGUCCUCGGGGGCAUCUCAGCUGGGUUUGAGGCAGAGACCUCAACCCAGAACCAUCUUCCAGGCCGGACUGAUGCCGCACAGCAAACCCCGAAGACAGAGCCGCAAGCAGGAGCACGGCGGCGCGACGCAGUGUGCCGGAGGCCCUCGGGGGCCGGCGGUCGGGUCCGACGGCGUCCCGGAGGCCCCUCGUCUGGAGCUGAUGGAACAGGACUCCAAAGACUCGGCUCAGAGCACCGGCACCUCGUCCAGCUCCGAGACCCAGCCAGAGUACAGCGACAACAAGGGCUUUGGCAUCGGCGAGCUGGUCUGGGGGAAGAUCAAAGGCUUCUCGUGGUGGCCGGGCAUCGUGGUGACGUGGCGAGCCACCGGCAAGCGGCAGGCGAGCCACGGCAUGAGGUGGCUGCAGUGGUUCGGGGACGGCAAGUUCUCCGAGGUUUCUGCCGACAAGCUGGACUCCAUCACCGCUUUCCCCAAGUUCUUCAGCCAGGCGUCCUACACCAAGCUGGCCUCCUACCGCAGCGCCGUGUUCCAGGCGCUGGAGAUGGCCAGCGGCCGAGCAGAGAAGACGUUUCCUCCCUGCGAGUCGGACAACCCGGAGGACCAGGUCAAGCCCAUGCUGGACUGGGCCAACGGCGGCUUCCUGCCCAAAGGCGAGGAGGGACUCAAACCCACGCACAGCGCCGACAGCAACCCUCUGGUCCACCACGUCCUCGACCUUUCCCCGCCCGACUACUUCCCGAGUCCCAAGAGGCCCAGAGUGAGUCUCUGCAAGAGCAAGGCAGCACCCGAGGAGUCCUACAGCAGAGAACAAAUGGUGAAUGAAGUUCUGAAGAAUAAAAGAAGUAUAGAAGAUUUCUGUCUCUCCUGUGGAAAGACGAGAGCGGCGACCUUCCACCCGCUGUUUGAAGGAGGCUUGUGCCAAACAUGCAAGAACAACUUCACAGAGACGCUGUUCCGCUACGACGAGGACGGAUACCAGUCGUACUGCACCAUCUGCUGCUACGGAAUGGAGGUCAUUCUGUGCGGCAACGACAGCUGCUGCAGGUCUUUCUGCGAGGACUGUCUGAACAUCCUCGUCGGCUCGGGUACGUUCGAUUCGCUGAAGGAGCUCGACCCGUGGAUCUGCUACCUGUGUCAGCCUCACGGGCCCCACGGCGCCCUGGUGCCCCGCCAGGACUGGAGCGUCCGCGUCCAGGGGAUGUUCGCCAACAACAGCGGCAUGGAGUUUGAGCCUCACCGUGUCUACCCGUCCAUUCCUGCAAACCUGCGCCGACCCGUUCGAGUUCUCUCGCUGUUUGACGGUGUCGCGACAGGCUACCUGGUUCUGAAGGAUCUCGGCUUCAAAGUGGAGAAGUACGUCGCCUCGGAGGUUUGCGAGGAUUCAAUCGCCGUGGGGACGGUCAACCAUGACAGGAAGGUCAUCCACGUCGGUGAUGUCCGGCUCAUCACCCCGGAGCUGCUCGAGGAGUGGGGUCCGUUUGAUUUGCUGAUCGGCGGCAGCCCCUGUAACGACCUCUCCAUCGUCAAUCCGAUCAGGAAGGGCCUGUAUGAGGGCACCGGCAGGCUGUUCUUCGAGUACUACCGCAUCCUGCAGCUGCUGAAGCCCAAAGAGGACGACCCCCGGCCGUUCUUCUGGCUGUUUGAGAACGUCGUCUUCAUGAACACUCACGACAAAGUCAACAUCUGCCGCUUCCUCGAGUGCAACCCGGUGCUGGUGGACGCUGUCAAAGUGAGUCCAGCCCACAGAUCUCGCUACUUCUGGGGAAACAUCCCCGGGAUGAGCAGGCCCAUUAUCGCCUCCCAGAAGGACAAGCUGAACCUCCAGGACUGUCUGGAGAUCGGCAGAGAAGCGAGGAUGACGAAGGUGAGGACGAUCACCACCAACCCCAACUCCCUGAAGCAGGGCAAAGGCGUGGCCCAGCUGCCCGUCCUGCACAACGGCAAAGAGGACAACCUCUGGAUCACCGAGCUGGAAAAGAUCUUCGGCUUCCCCAAACACUACACCGACGUCAGGAACAUGAACCGGCAGCAGAGGCAGAAGGUUCUGGGGAAGUCCUGGAGCGUCCCGGUCAUCCGCCACCUCUUCGCCCCCCUCAAGGACUACUUCGCCUGCGAGGAGCUUCCCCCUAUGAUCACCUCCUCCACCUCCUCCUCUACCUCCAGCUCCUCCAACUCCACUUCCUCCACCUCGCCGCCUUCUCCUGCCUCUCCAGAUGUGCAGCAGUCCAGAUAGGGGAGGUCGGUUUUAUUUCCUGUAGGAAGAUCUUAAAUCCAGAUCUUCAAAUCCAGAUCUUCAGUUAAUACUAGUUCUCCAGACUCUGUUUCAGGUUAAUGCGUGGCUGCCUGCUAGCUUAGCCAUUAGCCAUUAGCAUUAGCCGCUGUGAGAGAAGCUAACUUCCUGGUUUCUUGUUCAGUUUUCUCUGCUUGAGAGCCAUUUAUGAGA